AAGCCCUACGAAAGUUGUCAACCGGGAGCAUGAUCCUGGUUUUCUCAUGCAUGGUCAAUCUCCGGCGAGGCUAGUGUCACGGCUACCGUAAUGUAGCUACUAUACGAAAUGCGAUCCGUUGCUGCUUUAAGAUCGUUCAGGGCUGCUAAAGGCAGUGCAGGAAGGCACAUGUCAUGGAGGUGCAAUUGCAACCGCGCUCCGCUGACCGGGACAGAGCCAAGACGGACGACGGCUCGAGGGCGUCCAGCUAAUCAAUCCAAUCUAAUCAGAUGCGGCACAUCGCCGCAUAGCUGAUCCAAUCUAAUCAGAUGUUUGCGCCAUGGUCCCCCCUCAUCUCAGCAGGGAAAUGUGCUCAGUCUGGUCUGGCCGGGGAGCUAGUGACCAUGGCCAGGGGAGGGAAUAACCAGCUCGAGAUAGUGUCGGGAGCUCAAGGAGGUGGGUCAAAGUGUGUGUGUGUGCCGUGGUGCCGUCUGGCUGUUCGAAAGCCGACGUACUUGCGUUUGGGAAUAAAAACCCGAGGGAUUUAGUUUUGUGCCUUUCUUUCAACUAGAGAUAUAUUUCCUAGGGUUGUUCAUUGUUUCUUGCUUGGGUGUGCUUGUUCAGCGUCUUUCCUACAAGUGCGCGCAUCAUGUCUUCUAACACCACUACCAUCCGCCGCCUCCAACAAACCACGCACCACCUCAACGAUGUCGCCGAGCCAACCACCCUCUCCCUGGUCCAUGGCGGCGCCGAACCAGCCCUCGUCGACCUGACUCUCGGUGAGCUGCUAGACGAGCAAUGCGCACUGCGCGGCGAUAAGGAAUGUCUCAUCGUUCCCUGGACCGGCGCGCGGUGGUCAUACACACUGUUGCAGCAGAAGAGCAGGAGUCUGGCAAAGGCAAUGUUGGCGCUGGGGGUGCGGGGGGGAGAUCGUGUCGGGAUCCUUGCGGGCAAUUGCGAGGAGUAUGUCAGUGUGUUUUUUGCGGCCGGGUAUGUGGGGUGUGUGCUUGUGGUGCUGAAUAGUACUUAUACUGCUACGGAAGCACAGUAUGCGCUUGAUCACUCUGGUUGCAAGCUUCUAUUUGCGCAGGAGGCGUAUGGGAAUUAUAACAAUAUACAACUACUCGCGGACAUCACCUCGAAUCUCUCGAAUAGAAACAACCUCGGCAGUCUCAAGAGUCUCGUCAUGAUAAAAGGUCACCUGAACGGCUUCCCAACAUACGACGAACUCAUCGACGCUGGCGCCCUGAUCCCAAGUGAAGUCCUCAAAGCAGCCAGCAUAAUGGUCUCACCCCAUGGCAUUUGCAACCUUCAAUACACCAGCGGCUCAACCGGGCAGCCCAAAGCCGCAAUGCUUACGCAUCACAACAUGAUCAACAACGCCCACUCCAUCGGCCACCGCAUGUCCUUCACCCCCACCGACAUCCUCUGCUGUCCUCCCCCUCUCUUCCACUGCUUCGGCCUCGUUCUCGGCCUCCUCGUCUGCAUCACCCACGGCAGCACCAUCGUCCUCCCCAGCCCCUCCUUCUCCGCCCGCGCCGUGCUCGCCGCCAUCGCUGCAGAAAACUGCACAGCGCUUCAUGGCGUCCCCGCCAUGUUCGAGGAACUUCUUUCCCUCCCGCGGCCGGCGUCCUGGUCGUGUCCCAACUUACGCACUGGGAUAGUGGCGGGUGCACCGGUGCCGGUGGAGUUGAUGGAGCGGAUGGUGGGGGAGUUGAAUAUGAGGGAGUUUACAUCUAGUUAUGGGUUGACGGAGGCUUCACCCACUUGCUUCAACGCUCAUGCUGGAGAUUCCAUCCACCGCAAACUCACAACCGUAGGCCGUGUCCUUCCCCACCUGAGAUCAAAGAUCAUUGAUCGCCACGGCGCCAUUGUCCCAGUCGGCACGCGCGGCGAACUCUGUAUGGCGGGCUACUCACUACAGAAGGGGUAUUGGAACAACCCUGACAAGACAAGAGAAGUCAUGAUCCGGGAUGAGCAGGGUGUGGUGUGGUUGCAUACAGGUGAUGAGGCUGUAUUUGAUGCAGAGGGGUACUGUACUAUCACUGGAAGAUUCAAAGAUAUUAUAAUAAGAGGGGGCGAGAACAUAUACCCCCUAGAAGUGGAAUCCCGCCUCGUCGCGCACCCCUCGGGACUCAUCCUCCGCGCGGCAGUGGUGGGGAUCCCGCAUCCCAAGUAUGGGGAAGUGGUGGGGGCAUUCCUUCUCCCCGCGCCAUCUUCUCCCGCCUCGUCGGAGGAGGCAAGGCCGACCGAUGACGUCCUCCGCGCCUGGGUCCGCGGGGUGCUGGGAAGGCACAAAGCGCCGGCGCAUAUUUUCUGGUUUGGGGAUGCGGAGACGGGGAUGAGUGAGGUGCCGCAGACGGGGAGUGGGAAGGUGAAGAAGCAUGUGCUGAGGGAUGUUGCGGGGAGGAUUGUGGGGGGGCGGUAG